AGACCACGGUACACCCUCGAGCCCGUUAUUUUUAGACGAGACAACACAGACUUUGGUCCACAUGGAUUUUACUCAAGAGCAACAUUAAAGGCUGUACUACCAUAAAACAGUUGAGGACACAUCAUUUAGUUCAGGUUUGUCACAAUGUUGUUUAGAUUCGGCGUCAUUCUCACUCCGGACACCUCGGAUGUCAAGGUGUUCGUUUUGGGCUCGCGCGAGGAAAUGGGCCAAUGGGACCCGAGCAGAGCGGUCCAAAUGAAAGCCUCACAGAAGCAGGUGUCAACUCAUGAACCGUGUCUGUGGAUAGGAGAGGUGCAGCUGACAGAGCCGUGCAGAGACACACUGUGGUUCAAGUUCGUCAGAAGAGUCAGAGGGACUUUUAUCUGGGAAGGCAGUGGUCCGAGCCAUGAUAGAUGUUGUGCAUUUGAUGAGAGUAAUGUGGUGGAUGGAGUUUACUGCAACCCCAUUGGCCACUGGAUAGAGGAAACGGGACACACGGAUGAAAUGAAACACACCACCAGUUUUUACUUCGGUGUGGCUGGUCAGAAGGCCAUGCAUUUCUCCAGGGUGCUGCCUCGUGUUUGGCUGGGCAGCUGCCCUCGACAGGUGGAACACGUGAAGAUAAAGAUGAAGCAUGAGUUGGGCGUUACUGCAGUGAUGAACUUCCAGACAGAGCGGGACGUGGUGAACAACUCAAGUGGCUGCAGGCGUGACCCUGAGGAGGUCAUGACCCCCGAGACCAUGAUGCACCUGUACAAAGACUGUGGCCUGGUGUAUGUGUGGAUACCCACAGCCGACAUGAGCACUGAGGGCCGAAUCAGGAUGCUUCCUCAGGCUGUGUUCUUGCUUCACGGCCUCCUGGAGAAUGGUCACACAGUCUACGUUCACUGUAACGCUGGAGUGGGCAGGUCGACGGCUGCUGUGUGUGGCCUGCUCAUGUACGUCCUGGGCUGGAGCCUGAGGAAGGUGCAGUACUUUGUAGCAGCUCAAAGGCCUGCUGUGUACAUAGACGAGGAGGCUUUAAUCCAGGCUCAAGCCGACUUCAUGCUGAAGUUUGGUCAGUUACGAUCAACCAUCUCUUACCUGGAGACAUGAGAGUUUAAGUGUCUUUGCGCUGGAGCAGAAUUUACAGGAAUGAUAAGCUAAACUGGACUUGACUUUCGGUAUCUAAAAGCAUACUGUGUAGUCAGCAUUAAAGGUGCCUGAAGGUGAAGAAACCUAUAGCGAGAAAAUUAACUUGCUCCCACUUAAAUCUAAUGUACGUAAAUGACCCACUUCAUCUGAGUGGCUUUCCAAUUCUAGUUGAUCCCCAAGUAUCUAAGAAAGGCUCUGCUGGCUGCCAGCGGAGAUGUUAAAAGCAAUAAAUCCCACAGUGACGCGUUCGCUUUUAACUUCAGGAAUUAGUCUCUGUGACGUUAAGCACUUUCUCUUGCAAAUUGUGCUGUUGGAAUCAGCCGAGGUUUUUCAGAACAUGUAUGCAGGUGGGAUUGGAAAGACCUUUUCUUAAAGUCUUUUUGGCAAUAAACAUAACUGAGUUGACAUUUUCAGAAGGCAACUUUUUAAAUGCAUCAUGCGACGAGGAAGGAGGAUUAUCCCUUAAUUGUGUCGGCAUGUUUGUGUAGUUUUUUUCCACAGGUAAAAGGGAUCUUUGCCUUUCUGUUUGGGAGGGUUUUUUUUUUUAUUGCUGCAUCAAAACACCCCUCUUUGCAAGAACAACAAGUCAGUUUCUAAAACCAAAAAGCAAUGCCCCCUAAGCUGCCAGACAAGAUUAAAGCUCCGCCCCCUUCUCCCUCAGAGCGCUUGAUAGCAUUUCAUCUUUAUUUAUUUAUCCGGCGGAUGCUAUUCCAACCAUCUCCGAAAUAAUGAAAACAACAUCCCCUGCCAGACCAUGUUAAUGCAUACAUAAUAAGACAUUAUUGGAAGAUUGUUUGUUAUAAAUUUUGCGCUUCACUGUCUAGGCUCCUUUUGAAGAUAGAUUGCUUUUUUUCAAAUACAUUAUCUUGCUGCCUGGCCCUGAUUUAAGAAGGUUAAUGCAUCAGAGGGGAGGAACCAUUUUUCUCCUUAAGUACAAGUCGUAUACGUUAUUACUUUUAACUGAGUCCCGUCAGAAAACAAACAGCACCUUAUGAGGGGGUCAGCGGGAAUACGGGGGCGAACUUCCAAAUCAUUUACAAUUAGUUCUUCUCAUAUUUAAGAAGCAAAAUGUGAACUGUUGAAAAGGAAAAUGUCUGUGUUUACAGUCCCUAUAUGUGCAACAAUGCCGGGGCUCAUCACUUGAAGGAUGCCAGUGUAAUUUGUCAACAUCUUGCAUUUCUUCCACCGGGCUUCUGUCAGUGAUUGAUGUCAUUAAGUGUUAGCAGUCCACUUGAUUUUCAGGAUCUGCCAAUCAGCUACACCAAUUUCCCCGAAUCUGUGCAUUCAAAUUAGAGCCAAAAGUAGCAACCGUCAACAGACAGCUUCUUAAAGUGAUGAAGAUUUAUUCCAAAAGGAAACCAGAAAUAAAUGU